CCUUUCAGCCAAUCAGAUGAGAGCUGUAGUCGAUGACAACCACUCUGCGUUCCAUUUGCGCAGACUGUUUCUCUCCAGCAUGGCGAACGGAGAAAGUCGCAGUCGCACUUUUUUUCCUUUAUUUAUUUAUUUGACCAUAGCCUCACUCUUUUUAUCCAUUAUUUUGCCGCAGCUCCGCUCUUCUUAUUUAUUGUCUUGCAGUCCUAUGAGCAAACUGUAGCCUGCAGGGUAGUGCUGAUAUAAAUAUCAUUCCGGCCACUCUCAGCUAACAGCGCCAUUGUGGUCUAGUGGACCUUUGAAGCUAUCGGAUCCGUGUUCGAUCCUCACCUAAGACAAAGUGUCCAAACACAGAGGAAAACUCCUGCUGAAGCGACUGAUCUCCACACUGUUAUAAAGAUGGCGUUUAUUAAAGAGGAGAGUGAAGACCUGAAGAUUGAAGACACAUUCAUAGUCAAACAGGAAGAUCCUCAACAAACAGAGCUGAUGGUGCUGAAAGUAGAGACUCAAGACCUUGAAGAGAGGGAUCAGUUCGAGAAACGGCAACAUUUAACGAUUGAUAAAAAACCACCAAAGAAGUACUUAUCAUGCAAUAACACACCCUGCCCUCAAUGUGAAAAGAAGUUUAGUUCGAAACAAGCACUUCAAAUACACACCAGAGUUCACACAGGAGAGAAGCCUUUCUCGUGUGCUCACUGUGGGAAGCGUUUCAAUCAGAAGCAAAACCUCAAAGUCCACAUGAGCGUUCACACCGGACAGAAGUCUUAUGCCUGCCCUCAGUGCGGAAAGAGUUUCUGUCGAAAAGCAGUGCUUAAAGACCACAUCAGGAUUCACACGGGAGAGAAACCUUUCUCUUGCGUUCACUGUGGGAAGAGUUUCACUCAAAGACCAAACCUCAGAGUCCACACUAGAGUUCACACCGGUGAGAAACCGUUCAUAUGCCAACACUGUGGUAAAUGUUUCGCUUAUAAAUCAGUCUUCAGGACACACGAGAGUUCACACUGGGCGGAAAGCCUCACACCUGUGAACACGGUGGAAAUAGUUUCAGUCGAUUUCAAAACAUGACAGAUUGAAACUAUUAAGAAAUCAUUUGAACGCCAGAGUCGUGUACGGUUUAGUCUAAUAUUUGUAUUUUGACUAGAAGGUUGUAGCCUACAACAGUGGUCCCCAACCUUUUUAUCACCACUCAGCCGUCAACGAUUGUCAAUUUGACCACAGACCAGGUGACCAUCAACCGUUUUCUCAGAAGUUGACGAGCUGACAAGACAUUGCUGCAACUCUGAUACGAGUUUUAUUUAUAGAGAAAAGAAAUCCCUGCAGUGUUUAUCUGAUAUAGUCUACUGAAAUAUGCAUAUUCCAUCAAAGUAUGAAGCUGAUUGGUCAGUUCUUGUCAUGUGACUCGCAGUGCGCUUGUAAAAAUUUAAAGAUGUUUUCAACUGGAUGUGCCUGGAAGGGUGCGUCAAUCCUAAUAUGCGCAUAACAGGAGCAGUGUUAGCCUAACUGGUGCUCUAAUCCAGGGGUGUCCAAACUCGGCCCUGGAGGGCCGGUGUCCUGCAUAUUUUAGCUCCAACUUGCCUCAACACACCUGCAAGGAUGUUUCUAGAAAGCCUAGUAAGAGCUUGAUUAGCUAGCCUAGAUGUGUCUGAUUGGGGACACCGGCCCUUCAGGACCGAGUUUGGACAUGCCUGCUCUAGGCAAACGAUGACCGUGCUGCCCUCACGGUGCUCAUAAGACCCUCAUGCAAGUGAAAACUAGUAGUGGGGGGUUGGUAGUCGGGUCACGGACAAAAGUGAGCCGGGGUUGUUGUUGUGGAGGGAUUAGGUGGGUUGUCGCCAGACGAAAGUAAACAGCAGGACAGGGGGUGGAGUAUGGCUGUCACGGACCUAAGUUUGGGGUGGAGGGAUGUUUGGUGGUGGUGGGGGAUUGGUGCAUUCACGGCCGAAAAUAAAAAGCAGGGAGGGGGGUUGGAGGGUGGGUCUGUCUCCAUGCCGCCCCUAACAAGAUGCCAUCUUGGUCAAUCGCCUAUAUUGCGUAUGCCUAAAUCCACCACUGACGCGCAAGCCAAGAAAUAACAGACUUGCACACGGAAAGAUGCAAUAUGUGAAUGGCCGCCAUCAUUUGUAAUCUCCGGCAGUUGAUCUUGCCAGAGACAUGCUGGAUUUACCUGAUUUGAUGCGGAUCCGCUCCUUUGCAGUUUGUGGGUCCUUCACUGGGACUUUUCCUCUUCGCAAUGAAACUUUCCAAAGACUUCUUGUUUCUUAUUCAUUUUGCUGCUUGUGGGUUAAAUUUUGGUGCUUAAGUGACCGAAAUGUAACCAAGAGAAUACGGUCAUUUUUCAUAAUAAAAGACCUUUCAAAAUAAAAGAUCAUUCAGACACGGAUAAUAAAUAAAACAGAAAUAAAUAAUGAUUUCUUGUGUGGCCUGGUACCAAUUGAUCCACAGAACUGUACCUGUUCGUGGCCCAAGGGUUGGGGUCCAGUGGAUAUUUUUUUGUUUACUGUUUUAAUAAUAGUUUUACAUAUACAUUUAUAAAGUAAUAGACUUGUUUUCUGA